AUGCGCACUCUUGUGCGCUCUCUCACGCACUUGCCCACGCGCCCUCUCACGCGCUUGCGCACGUGCUCUCUCACGCGCUCUCCCACGCACUCUCUCACGUGCACUCUCACGCGCGCACUCUUUUGUGCUCUCUCACACGCACUCUCGCGUGCACUCUCACUCACGCUCUCUCUCACGUUCUCUCUCACACGCACUCUCACGCGCUCUCUCACGCGCACUCUCACGCGCACUCUCACGCGCAUUCUCACAUGCUCUCUCUCACGCUCUCUCACACGCACUCUCACACGCACCCUCACGUGCUCUCUAACAUGCACUCUCACGAGUCUCCCAUGCGUCUCCCACAUGCACUCUCACGCGCACUCUCGUGCGCUCUCUCACGCGCACUCUUGUGCGCUCUCUCACGCACUUGCGCACGCGCUCUCUCACACGCUUGCGCACGCGCUCUCUCACGCACUCUCUCACGAGCACUCUCAUGCGCUCUCUCACGUUCUCUCACACGCACUCUCAUGCGCUCUCUCACGCGCUCUCUCACGCGCACUCUCACGCGCAUUCUCACAUGCUCUCUCACACGCUCUCUCACAUGCUCUCUCACGCUCUCACAUGCACCCUCACACGCUCUCUCACGCGCCCUCUCACGCACACUCUCACACGCACUCUCACACGCACUCUCACACUCACUCUCACGCGCUCCCUCUCGCGCACUCUCACGCGCAAUCUCACACGCUCUCUCACGCGCACUCUCACGUGCACCCUCACGUGCUCUCUAACGCGCACCCUCACAAGUCUCUCACGCGUCUCCCACGUGCACUCUCACGCGCCCUCUCACGCACUCUCACGCGCACUCUCACGCGCACACUCACGCGCACUCUCACGCACACACUCACGCGCUCUCUCACGCGUUCUAGCACACGCUCUCUCCUGCGCUCUCUCACACCCGCUCUCACACGCACUCUCGUGUGCUCUCUCACGCGCUCUCUCACGCGCACACUCAUGCGCACACUCACAUGCCCCUUCACGCGCUCUCUCACGCGCACUCUCACGCGCACCCUCACGCGCUCUCUCACGUUCUCUCUAACGAGCUCUCUCACGCGCACCCUCAUACGCACUCUCACACGCUCCCUCACACGCUCUCUCACACGAUCUUUCACGCUCCCUAACGCGCACUCUCACGCGCACUCUCAUGCGCUCUCUCACGCGCUCUCUCAUGCACUUGCGCACGCGCUCCCUCACGCGCUCUCUCACGCGCCCCCUCACGCGCUCUCUCAUGCGCCCCCUCACGCGCUCUCUCAUGCGCACUCUCACGUGCUCUCUCACGCGCACUCUCACGUGCUCCCUCACGCGCUCUCUCACGCGCUCUCUCACGCGCUAUCUCACGCGCUCUCUCACGCGCUCUCUCACGCGCUCUCUCACGCGCUAUCUCACGCGCUCUCUCAUGCGCACUCUCACGCGCACACUCAUGUGCACUCUCACGCACACACUCACGCGCACUCUUACGCGCACACUCAUGUGCACUCUCACGCACACACUCACGCGCACUCUUACGCGCACACUCAUGUGCACUCUCACGCACACACUCACGCGCACUCUUACGCGCACACUCACGCGCUCUCUCACGCGCACACUCACGCACUCUCUCACGCGCUCUCUCCCCACUCUCUCACGCGCACUCACGCGCUCUCUCACGCGCAAUCUCACUCGCUCUCUCACGCGCACUCUCACGCGCUCUCUCACGCGCACUCUCCUGCGCGUUCGCUCCCUUGCACACGCUCUCCCUCGCUCUUCGUCUCUCCCCUUCUUCAAAUGAAACCCGCGCUCGCACACCAACCCGCACUCGCACACCAAGUCUCGCUUGCGCUCGUGCACCUGUCGCCGGAGGCGACGGCGGGAGGGAAGGAGAGGCGAUGGCGAGGAGGAGGGAGAGGCGACGGCGGGGAGGAGGGAGAGGCGGGGGCGGGGAGGAGGGAGAGGCGGCGGCGGGGAGGAGGGAGAGGCGACGGCGGGGAGGAGGGAGAGGCGACGGCGGGGAGGAGGGAGAGGCGACGGCGGGGAGGAGGGAAACGCGACGGCGGGGAGGAGGGAGAGGCGACGGCGGGGAGGAGGGAUACGCGACGGCGGGGAGGAGGGAUACGCAACGGCGGGGAGGAGGGAAAGGCGACGGCGGGGAGGAGGGAGAGGCGACGGAGGGGAGGAGGGAGAGGCGACGGCGAGGAGGAGGGAGAGGCGACGGCGGGUAGGAAGGAGAGGGGACGGCGGGUGGAAGGGAGAGAGGACGGCGUGGUGGGAAAGAAAGGAUGGCGGGGUGGAGGUAGAGAUUAUGACGAGGUGGGUGGUGGGAGAAAGAGGCAAGAGGUGGGUGGGUUUGUCACGUGA